AUGAGGCGGCUGGAGCAAUUCCCACAAGCGGGCGCGAAUAGUAUCCAUAUCACUGAGCCACUACCGUCUGCCUACGAGAUACAGAACAAGUAUAAUUGGGGAGAUGCGAUCAACACACCUUACUGGCUGCAGACCUACACAGAUUUCAACAUGGACAUGUACAAUGGCUACGCCGAAUGGCUGCAGAAGGUAUCCUGGCUCAACGACCGUAUCGGAGAGCUUUCGCUGGAGACUCUUGGUGGUAUGGUUGUCUCGAACUAG